GCUUGUCUGCACCGUACCACACAAAACAACCCAAGCAAGGCAGAUAGAGAGAGGAAAGAGAGGCGAGAUGAAGGUGGAGGUGGUGGAGACGACGCUGGUGGCGCCGAGCGAGGCGACGCCGCGGCACAGGCUGUGGCUCUCCAACCUCGACCUCGCCGUGCCCAAGACCCACACCCCGCUGGUCUACUACUACCCCGCGCCGCCGGCCGCGGAGCCGGCCGCGGGGGCGGAGGCGGAGGGGUUCUUCGCGCCGGGGAGGCUGCGCGACGCGCUGGCGAGGGCGCUGGUGCCGUUCUACCCGCUGGCUGGCCGGCUGGCGGCGGGGCCCGGCGGCCGGCUCGAGAUCGACUGCAACGGCGAGGGGGCGCUGUUCGUCGUCGCCAGGGCCGACUUCACCGGCGACGAGAUGUUCACCGACUUCGAGCCCUCCCCCGAGGCCCGCCGCAUCCUCGUCCCCUUCGCCGCCUCCGGCGAACCCCCCUGCGUGCUCGCCAUGAUCCAGGUGACGUUCCUCAAGUGUGGCGGCGUGGCGGUCGGCACGGGCAUGCACCACGUGACGAUGGACGGCGCGGGCGCGUUCCAGUUCAUCCGGACGUGGACAGGGCUGUCGCGCGGGCUGGAUGCCGCCGACUUGUCGCCGUCGCCGCCGUCGCACGAGCGCACCCUCCUCCGCGCGCGGUCGCCGCCGCACGUCCCGUUCGAGCACCCGGUGUACUCGCCGAGCUACCUGAACGGGCUGCCGCGGCCGUUCGUGACGCGCGUCUACUCCGUCCCGCCCAAGCUCCUCGCCGACAUCAAGGCCGCCUGCGCCCCCGGCGUGUCCACCUACUGCGCGGUGACCGCGCACCUGUGGCGCGCCAUGUGCGUCGCCCGGGGGCUCCCCCACGACGCCGAGUCGCGGCUGCGCGUCCCGGCGAACAUCCGGCAGCGCCUCCGCCCGCCGCUCCCGUCGCCCUACUUCGGCAACGCCAUCGUGCGCGACCUCGUCACGGUGACCGUCCGCGACAUCCUGUCGCAGCCGCUGGGCUUCGCGGCGGAGCAGAUCAAGCGCGCGGUGGCGCGCGUCGACGACGCCUUCGUGCGGUCGGUGAUCGACUUCCUGGAGGUGGAGUCCGAGAAGGGGAGCCAGGCGGCGCGCGGCCAGUUCAUGCCGGAGACGGACCUGUGGGUGGUGAGCUGGCUCGGGAUGCCCAUGUACGACGCCGACUUCGGCUGGGGGCGGCCGGGCUUCGUGGCGCCGGCGCAGAUGUUCGGCAGCGGCACGGCGUACGUGACGCAGGCCCCGGACAAGGACGACGGCACCGGCGGCGGCGUGUCCGUCCUCUUCGCGCUCGAGCCGGAGUACCUGCAGUGCUUCGAGAAGGCCUUCUACGGCAGCGAGUGACACGGUGGCGGUGGUGCCCGGAGCUUAGAGCAGAGAUGACGCCGAGGUGGUGCUACCGUUCGGUCGAGCGGUGUCGACGUGUGCUGCCUCUUGUGUGUCAUACUCUCAUACAGUAAACAUAAUGCAAGAUUUGCAUUUUGCAGUGGUAAUAGUAUUAGUACUAUAAUGCUGGUACUGUGCAAAAGUGCAAGUGUGAUGGGUUGUUGCUGCCUUGUUGGUUAAGUUCCUAUGUACAAAAAAAAAAUCAAAUGGAAAUGAAAAUGACUAGUAUGAAGAAGGAAGGUCUCA